AGAAAAAUCACAUGUUCAUCUCCUUGGAAAACCCUUGUUGGUUCACUUGAGCUGUCUCGUUAAUGGAGGCCUCGACGUCCACUUCGUCAUCGGCGAUCAGGCCAUGGCGGACGGCCUUUCUCUCCUUAAGAGACGAAGUGCAGAACUCUCCAACCAACACCACUCUCAUUCACCUCCUCAACACUCUCAUUUUCUCCAAAUCUCAAACCCUCAUCCCCGCAAUCGCCAAUCUUCCGGUCCACGAGGUUACCUCUGAUGCGAUGUUUCUUGUGGAAUUAGCCCGGAAUCUUUUGGGUUCGAGAGGGAAUGACGAUGCACUUCAUGCUUUGGUGCAGUUGUCCCAAUUGAUUCACUACUUCAGCGAUCGUAUUUCUUUCAAGAUGACAUCAGUGACAUGGGUUCUUGUACUUCACACCUUUGGCGGAAUGGUGGAAAUGUUCCUCGGUGCAGAUGGAGUAAAGAGAGAUAACGUUGCUGAGUUUGAGGCCACAAAACAGUGCUUAGACACCGUUAGGUCUCUUGUUGACUAUAAUCAAAGAACAAUCAUGUUAUCAGACAAUGCGCAACUACUAGAAUUUCUUCUCAAAACAGUCUCGUACUCCCAAAAUGUUUUAUCUCCAUGCUUUUCGAGUAAUAUUCAGGGUUAUUCUCUUGAAUCUCGGAAGAUAGGUCUUCAAAGAAAUAAUUUAUGGGAAAUUCAGACAACCGCUUUUACCAUGAUUAGUGACGUUUUCUCAAGAUCCGGGACUUCCUUACCAGCUCAUCAUUGGAAAUCAACCGUCGAUGCGUUUAGAAACGUUAUGGAUGCGUUGGCAAGUAAGAGUCUUCUUGUGGAAAACAAUGUGAUGGAUAGAUUUUAUACUUCGCUUCUGCAUUGCCUGCACGUGGUUCUGAUAAACGCAAAAGGACCCAUUCAAGAUCAUGUUGCUGGUUUUGUAGCUGCGCUGAGGAUGUUCUUUGGUUACGGGCUUACCAAUAACUCCAAUAAGUCACAGAUUGUUUACAAGAAGGAGUCUAGGACCACACACGUUAAUUCUCAUUCCGCUGAAUCGAAUAGUGGUGCGUACGUGCCUCCACACGUGCGUAAAAAGAACCAAUUGAAAGAUUCCAACUCGUUGAGCACGUCAGAUGGUCCACGUGGAACUUUGGACUACAUGUCAUCUGAUUCUGAUUUAAGUGAUAGUGAUGGAUCGGCUAAAGGUAACGGCAAUUUUAGGAGCUCGAAGGUUAGAGUAGCUGCAAUAGUUUGCAUACAGGAUCUUUGCCGAGCUGAUCCCAAAUCGUUCGCUGCUCAAUGGACAAUCCUUUUGCCCUCUAGUGAUGUGCUGCAGGCAAGGAGGUAUGAAGCAAACCUUAUGACAUGUUUGCUAUUUGAUCCAUAUCUUAAGGCACGCAUCGCAUCCGCGUCUACUUUAACGACCAUGCUGGAGGGGCCCGCAUCUGUUUUUCUCCAGGUGGCAGAAUACAAGGAAUCUACUAAGUUAGGAUCUUUUACCGCUCUUUCCAGUUCUCUUGGUCAGAUUUUAAUGCAGCUUCACACAGGUAUCCUGCAUUUAAUCAAACAAGAAAAAAAUAACGGAUUACUAACCGCCUUGUUCAAGAUUCUCACACUUUUAAUCUCAUGUACACCAUACUCAAGAAUGCCCGAUGACUUGUUGCCGACAGUUAUCUUAAGUCUUCACCAGAGGAUUAUUGAGGGAUUUCUUACUCAUAGUGAUCAAUCCGGGUUACUGGCUGUUGCUUUAAGUUGCUUGACGGAUGCUUUGUCUGUCUCGCCUUCUUCUCUCAAAGUGAAUGAAAUGUUUGUGGCGGAAAUAUCUAAAGGUUCGCAUGUCUUGAUGGAUAUUAAUUACAGGUCGAAACUUCUUAAGAAGUAUCCCGUUUCAGAUCUUAACGAUGAGAAAGCAAGCUCUGGUCUUCUUUCUACUUUGCUUCAUUAUUCUCGGUCGUUUACAAACCCGACAGUUAGCCUUGAGGCUCUGCAGGUUCUUAAAGCCGCGGCACAUAAUUAUCCGAAUAUAAUGGUUCUAUGCUGGAAACAGUUCUCUUCUAUAAUUUGCGACUUUUUAGAUCCUCCAGGCUCUUCAAGGGCAGGAACCGUUAAUUCUCGACACACGGUCGGGACAAUCGGGGAAAAAGUUUUAACCAAUGCAAUCAAGCUGCUAGAUGAAUGUCUUCGUGCUAUCUCUGGAUUUAAAGGAACAGAAGAUCUUGCUGAUGAUAAAUUACCUAUCAGUCCUUUUACGUAUGAUUAUGUCAAAGUUAAAACGAUAUCGUCAGCUCCAUCGUAUGUACUGGACGGCCAAAUGGUGGCUAGUGAUGAUAAUUCGGUAUCUGGCAGCCAGCAAUGGUGUGAAGCUAUUGAAAAACCAUUGUCGUUAACCCUGUUUCAUAGCUCAUCCAUGGUGAGGGCUGCAUCGGUGACGUGUUUUGCAGGAAUAACGUCUAGCGUUUUCUUUUCACUUCCAGAAGACAAACAGGAUCAGAUUAUCAGUUAUUCCAUCAACGCGGCUUUUAACGAUGAGGUCCCGUCUGUAAGAUCUGCUGCUUGUCGUGCAAUUGGCGUCAUUGCGUGUUUUCCACAAGCUUUAAAGAGUGUGGAGAUUCUUGGCAAGUUUAUAAAUGCUGCUGAAAUCAACAGUCGUCAUUCUUUAGUCCCGGUUCGCAUUGCAGCUGCGUGGGCUUUGGCUAACUUAUGUGAUUCUCUUCGGCACUGUAUUGAUAGAUUUACCUUAGAAAGGUCUGCUGUAGAUCUGAUAGAGUGCUCUAAGAUGGUUUCUCUGUUGAUUGAUUGUUCUCUUAGGCUUACAAGGGAUGGCGAUAAGAUAAAAGCAAAUGCUGUGCGAGCGCUUGGUAAUUUAUCAAGAUUUGUUCCUUGUUCAAGCCAAGAUGUUAAUGGUAUCUCCGCAACGUCAUUUCUGCAACUAACUUGGGAAGAUUCGUCUUGGUUGGAAAGAAUGGUGCAGGCUUUUCUUUCUUGUGUUACAACCGGGAACGUAAAGGUACGGUGGAAUGUUUGUCACGCGUUGAGCAACUUAUUUCUUAACGAGACAUUAAAACUGCAAGAUACAGAUUGGGCUUCUUCAGUUUUUAGUAUUCUUUUACUUCUGCUCCGUGAUUCUUCUAAUUUCAAGAUAAGAAUACAAGCUGCAGCUGCAUUGGCGACCCCACCGACAAUUUUCGAUUACGGAAAGUCAUACUCGGAUGUUGUUCAAGGGGUCCUUCACACACUAGAAAACCUUGGUUCCGACCAGAUGUUUGCUCCUUCAAGUUUCAAAUAUAGGGUUGCACUCGAGAAGCAGUUAACAUCAACCAUGUUGCACGUCCUCGGGCUUGCUUCGGAAUCUCUUGAUCACCCUGUACACGACUUCCUUGUAAAGAAAGCGUCGUUUCUUGAGGACUGGCUUAAAGCGUUGUGUUCGUCUCUUGUGAAUCAAAUUGAAGCUGAACAUGACUCGACGUUGAAUCAAAAGCACGAGACGAAUCAAUCUGAAGCUGAACAUGAUUCGACGUUGAACCAAAAGAAAGAGGUUAUAAACAGAGGGAUAAAGUCGCUUGUUAAGGUAUAUGAAGGACGAAAUAAUCAAGCCAUGGCUCGAAGGUUCGACAAGCUAGCGAAUGCAAUAUUGUAGAAUAAGUCUUGUGUUUCUGUUGUAAAAAACAAGUCCUUGUACAUUUCUUGUUAACAAAUUUUGAAAUCACUGACUAUAGAUUUACCAAGUAUAAAUUAUUAAAAUUAAAAGUUUCAAGAA